AUGAACCCCAAGGCGGCUUCCAAGAAGCGCAAGGCUGUCACUCGCGACGUGGAGGAGGAAGCUGGUGUUUUCUCCGGUGACGAGCUCAGCAAAGGCAACAUCGAUGGAGCUUUGUCCGACAACGCCAAUGAUCUUUCGGAGAGCGAAGACGACAGCGACUCGGAAGUUGAACUGGUCGACGAGUUCAGUGAUGAGGAAGAUGACGAAGAAGAAUUGGACAGUGACGAGAUUCCCUCUGACACAGAGGACGUCAAGCCGGCUGCUGGUGAGCGCAACUUCCGCGUUGUGAAGGACGCCAACGGAAACGAGCGCUACCUUUGGGACGAAAUUCACCCCGAUGACAACUCCGAAAUUUCCGAGGCCGAUGCGACUGCCAACACCAUUGGCGAUAUCCCGCUCAAGUUCUACGACGAAUAUCCCCACAUUGGUUACGACAUCAAUGGAAAGAAGAUUAUGCGUCCCGCCAAGGGCGAGGCCUUGGAUGCACUUCUCGAUAGUAUUGAGAUCCCCAAGGGCUGGACCGGUCUCACCGACCCUAAGACCGGCAAGCCUCUGCAGCUCAGCCAGGAUGAAUUGGAGUUGCUGCGCAAGGUGCAGAUGAACGAGGUCCCCUCCGAGGGCUACGACCCAUACGAGCCUUUGGUGGAAUGGUUCACCAGCCAGACGGAGAUCAUGCCGUUGAGCGCUGCCCCCGAGCCUAAGCGUCGCUUCGUGCCAUCCAAGCAUGAGCAGAAGCGUGUGAUGAAGCUUGUCAAGGCUAUUCGCGAGGGCCGCAUUCUUCCCUACAAGGCCCCCGAGGACAAGGAGGAGCAAGAUGAAGAGCUUAUUAACUACGACCUGUGGGCUGACGAAGUUGAGCGACCUGACCACGUUAUGCACAUUCCGGCACCCAAGCUCCCACCUCCCGGUUACGAGGAGAGUUAUCACCCGCCUGCCGAGUACCUGCCCGAUAACAAGGAGCGCAAAGAAUGGGAGCAGAUGGACCCCGAGGAUCGCGAGAAGGACUUCCUACCUCACGACUUUGGCUCUCUCCGCAGAGUCCCCGGAUAUGAAAACUUUGUCCAGGAGAAGUUCGAGCGUUGCUUGGAUCUCUACCUUGCUCCGCGUGUGCGUCGUAGCAAGCUGAACAUUGACCCUGAAUCCCUUCUCCCCAAGCUCCCCAGCCCUGAAGAACUGAAGCCCUUCCCCACUGCCUGCGCCACAGUAUUCCGUGGACACAAGGGCCGUGUGCGCUCUGUUAACGUUGACCCAACUGGAGUCUGGUUGGCCACCGGUGGUGAUGACGGUACGGUCCGCGUCUGGGAGCUUCUCACGGGUCGCCAGUUGUGGAGCGUGAAACUGAGCGACGACGAAGCCAUCAACGUCGUCCGCUGGCGUCCAGGUAAGGAUGCCGUCGUCCUUGCCGCCGCCGCCGGAGACGACAUCUUCCUCGCCGUGCCCCCCAUCGUCGAUCCCGAAAUCGAGAAGGUCAGCUUGGACCUCAUCGACGCCGGCUGGGGUUUCGCCGCUUCCAGACCUGCCCCCAGUGCCUCCGAGGAAGGCAAGAAGAAUACUCCCCCAACCUGGAUCCGACCCUCGUCCGCUCACCAGGACGCCGGCGUGUGCGCCGUCAUUCCUCUCCGCUACGUCCCCAAGACCAUCUCCUGGCACCGUCGCGGCGACUACUUUGUCACAGUCUGCUCCGGCGCCUCGACACCGGCUUCAGUCGCAAUUUCCAUCCACACAGUCAGCAAGCACCUGACACAAUUCCCCUUCCGCCGUCGUCUCAAGGGUGGUGGUCCCCCGCAGACCGCGCACUUCCACCCCUCGAAGCCAAUCCUCUUCGUUGCGAACCAGCGCUCCAUCCGCGCCUACGAUCUCUCCCGCCAGCUGCUCGUCAAGAUUCUCCAGCCGGGAGCUCGCUGGAUCUCCUCCUUCGAUAUUCACCCGACAUCAUCCAGUGCUUCGGGUGGCGACAACAUCAUCAUCGGCUCAUACGAUCGUCGUCUGCUCUGGCACGAUCUCGACCUCUCCCAGCGUCCCUACAAGACUCUCCGUUACCACAAGAAGGCUAUCCGUGCCGUCAAGUUCCACCCCAGUGGUCGCUACCCGCUCUUCGCGGAUGCUUCGGACGAUGGUUCACUGCAGAUCUUCCAUGGAAGUGUUACGGGUGAUAUGCUCAGUAAUGCUACCAUUGUCCCGCUGAAGGUUCUCAAGGGCCACAAGAUCACUGGCGAGCUGGGUGUUUUGGAUAUUGAUUGGCAUCCCCGUGAGGCGUGGGCUGUCAGUGCUGGUGCCGAUGGAACGUGUCGCUUGUGGAUGUAA